ACAAAGACGGCACCCUAAGCCUCUCCUCUGCCAUAUGGGCAGGAGGACUGGCCCAGGCUACAGGGUAGGGGAGAGGGUCCCUGGGGCCAGCACGCAGCCCCCUGUGGGCGACGGCAGGCGGCCAGAGCCCCUUCCCAACAUGCAGCUUCCCCUCCGCAGCAGGCAGAGAGCAGCCCCUCAGAGGUGGCCAGCAGCCAGGGGGCGGGGGUGGCACAGCUGAGCCUCCGCAGGGGGCGGUCAGGCACGUGAGCAGGUGGACCAGCCUGUGGCCUACCCUAGUAGCCUCCCCUCCUCACACAGCCCAAGGCUUCCAGAGCGUCUGGAGGAGCUCUCCGGGCUUUUGGAGCCCUCAUGCGACACAGCGCCACCAUGACCCUCGUUCAGCAUUCCACUGCUCUGCCCCUCGAGGACCCUGGGCCUGCACUGGUGUUCAGGAGUCCCUGACCCAUGAGCCUGGGUGCCAAGCCAGAGCGGAGACAGACACCCAGACCUUACCUCCCAAGGAGGAGAUGAACAGCCGUGAAUCAGGCCUCCUCCAUCACAUGUCAACGCACACAGUGACAAGCCUGGGACAGAGUUAGGGCUGGGCAGGAAGGCGCCCCAGGAGGCCGGGGGCAGAGUGGACAGCUGCGGGAUGAGGAGGAGGCUCUGACCAGAGUCCGCACCCUAAGCUGUGCCACCCUUACCAGGCUCUGAAGACACCAUGAGGGGGGCUUCCUGUCUCGGGGUCUUGGUCCUACUGCUGCUGGGAGCUGCUGGGACAGCGACGCGGGAGUCUGCAGCCUGCGGGCAUCCCCAGGUGUCGAGCCGGAUCGUAGGAGGCCGGGACGCCCGGGUCGGACAGUGGCCGUGGCAGGCGAGCAUCCAGCACCGCGGGGAGCACGUGUGCGGGGGUUCGCUCAUCGCCCCGCAGUGGGUGCUGACCGCGGCGCACUGCUUCCCCAGGCCGACGCUGCCGUCCGAGUACCGCGUGCUUCUGGGGGCGCUGCGCCUGGUCCCCGCCUCGCCCCGCGCGCUCUCGGAGCCCGUGCGCAGGGUGCUCCUGCCCCCCGACUUCUCCGAGGACGGCGCCCGCGGCGACCUGGCGCUGCUGCAGCUGCGCCGUCCGGUGCCCCUGAGCGCCCGCGUCCAGCCCGUGUGCCUGCCCGAGCCCGGGGCCCGCCCGCCCACCGGCACACCGUGCUGGGUCACCGGCUGGGGCAGCCUGUACCCGGGAGUGCCACUUCCAGACUGGCGACCUCUGCAGGGAGUGAGGGUGCCACUGCUGGACAGGCGCACCUGUGACCAUCUGUACCACGUGGGCACCGACGUGCCCGGCACUGAGCGCAUCGUGCUGCCGGGAAGCCUGUGUGCGGGCUACGUCCAGGGCCGCAAAGACGCCUGUCAGGGUGACUCUGGGGGACCCCUGACCUGCAUGAGAUCUGGGCGCUGGGUUCUGGUGGGCGUGGUGAGCUGGGGCAAGGGCUGUGCCCUGCCCAACCGUCCAGGCGUCUACACCAAUGUGGCCACUUACAGCCCCUGGAUUCAGGCUCGCCUUAGCCUCUAAUGCAGUCACACUGACCUGGAGCCAGAGGCCGGGGUCCCUCUGAGGACCUGCGCAGUACCCCCGCCUUGUACCUCCGACUUGAGGCUCAUGAGUGGUAUCAUCCACCAGUCCAUCGCCGUCUCCUCUGUAGGGCCCACCAAACCCCAGCCACCAGCCCUCCUCCAGGAGCCUCCCGGGGGCGAGGGGGUGUGUGCUGUGUCACAAUCCCUCCCUUCCCCUCCCCUUCCCGCUCAUAUUUACCCUUCUCAGCUCACACCCCUGGGUGCCCAGAGACAGGCAAGUCAGCUGGUGCACCAUCUGGCCUCUGGGCCCCAUUUAUCUGUUUAUCUGGAGGAAGUCGGGGACAGUCAAAGUAUGAGAGGGAAUCAGGCCCAGGAGAUGCUUCUCCAUGGCUGCGGGGGAUCCCCAGUUGACAGCCAGUGGGGAAGCGCCUCCCUGCCACAACCGGAAGGAGCUGAAUGAACCUGGGACCCAGUGCCCUCCCCACUCCCCCCAGGCCUCCAGCUGAGAGCCCAUCAGGCCACCCCACAGGCCAAGCCCUUGAACCCGGUGGAGCCCUCCCAGACUUGUGGCCCCCAGAGCUGUGACUUAAUAAAUGCAGGUGUUGCAGGCUGCUCUGUGAGUGGUGGUCAUUUCCGACGGAGCAAUAGAAAACGAGUAUAGACCUCGCCCCCCUGCAGGGGAGGUGCCCCCGAGGUCUGGGUGGGCCAGCCCUAGGCUCUAAAAGGCUCAGGAGCCUGGGACACCUAGCCCCAUGCCCUCUACCCAAGCAGGGCCGGGAGCCCCCAGACAGGCCUGGCCAGAGCUUCAGCCGUGCUAGUUUCUGUGGUGGGGCCCCUUGCUGGGGAGAGUCUGGGGUUGUGUCCCGGCUGUGGCGAAGGCCCCCACGCCCAGGACCACCCCCUGCCACCUGCAUGGAAACCAGGUGAGGCCCCUUGCAGCUCCCUGCCCGCUCUUGUGUGCCUGGGACCUGGUUCCUGUCCCCUCCCUGCCGUCUGCUCGUUGGCAGGCGGAAGACCGACCAUCCCAGUAGAUACAGCUCAGUGUCUGCAGAAAGAUCAAGAAGCUGAGCAAAACCUGGGAACCCCAAAGCCUAAUCUUUGGGGCUAACAGGGUCAGUGGGGCCAGGAGACCUGGAGGAGGCCAUCAUCAAAGAUGCGGCCCCAGGGGUUGGAGAGGAGCCCAGGCCCCAUGCUCGCCUCCUCCUUUCCCUCCCAGGAGAGAAGGUAGGUGCUCCAGGCCAGGCAGGCAGGUUGGGCCCACAGACUUGGGCCACAAGGGGGCUCCAGACUGCAUUCUCCCCAAGGCCGAGGGCCAUCCGUCCAAGGGAAGCGCUGCUCCACUGUCCUUGGGGGAUGGUUAACAGGGAGCAGGGUGUCCAAAAUGGGGCAUGGCUAUGGGCACGUCCGCAAGGGGACCCCGGUGGCCCCUGCUGGGUGAUGCCGGCCAUCCUCGCUCCCUCCCUCAGCCUGUAGCCAGCUAACGGACCUUCCCCAGGAUGCUGAGAUGGGCACAAGCCAGGGGCUGGGAGCCGGUCUGCCUCAGCCGUGGACCUGCUGCGAUUGGAGGAGUGGGCCGCACUCAGAGGGCCCCAUGUUUCAGAAGGGUAACCCAGGGGCUCAGUGGGAGUGUCCGGAGUUGGAGGGGCGGGAGCUGGGCUGGAGGGGAGGGGUCCGCACAGACGAACACAUCAGCUGCUUCUCAUGAAGCCCCUACCAGACGCCACGCGGAGAGCUCUGCUGCACCGCCACGUGGGAAAUCACCUGAUACCCAUCAACCAGACGAGAAAACUGAGGCCCCAAGUCACGCAAUGGGUAGAUGGUAGGCUGGGAUUGGCCCAGGCAGUCUGACUCUGUAGGCAGCUGGGGAUGGGAGGGCGGAGGUUCCAAUCCCCUUUACUCUCUCUGC